UCUCUUAUUACAGAUCAACCCCUUCCUUUCUAAAAUCUCAACACCACCACCAAGGACAAAAUGGUCAUUUUAGCUAUCCUUUAGUAUCCCGAACCAAGAAAUCGAAGAAAAUUCUUCUCACUUCGCUUCUGCUUCAUCCGUCGAUCUGCUCAGCUCGGUUCACUGAGAUUGAUGGGAACAUCGUCCGGUUCCAACAUCCACCCACAGCCACCGUCAAAAAUGUUGCCUCCACGUCAGCAACCCCGACCCGGAGGGUCAGGGUUACAAACUUCUCUGUCCUUAGUAUCGUCCGAUCACCCUCGGUUAUCUCCCGAUGCGCAAGAACCGAGAUCAAACUCGGAUAAUAUCCGCGAAUCACCUACCGAGAGCGCUAGCUCUCGAGAAACCUGGCCUACUGGUGAUGCUGUUGCCGUGGCGAAAAAAUUGGAGAAUGGAAAGGCUGAAAAUGAUUGCCCCGAACAGUCUGUGAUUCGUCGCGUUUCGAGUGCGGAUAAGAUAUCGCUUCGUGAUAUUGCAAGAGAGCGAGUUGAUAUUGUUUCGGAGAAGAUGCAUCGCUUGCCGGAUGAGUUUCUUGAUGAGUUGAAGAGUGGGCUUCGAGUUAUCUUGGAAGGGAACGGCGGGUCGCAGCAUAGGGAGGAGUUUUUGUUUUUGCAGAAGCUUGUUCAGAGUAGAGCUGAUUUGACGGGGAAGACGUUGAUUAGAGCUCAUCGUGUUCAGCUUGAGAUUCUUGUUGCGAUUAAUACGGGAAUUCAAGCAUUUUUGCAUCCGAGUAUUAGCCUCUCACAGACUUCCCUCAUUGAAGUGUUUGUUUUCAAGAGAUGCAGGAAUAUUGCUUGCCAAAAUCAACUUCCGGCGGAUGAUUGUACUUGUGAGAUAUGUACUAAUAGGAAUGGUUUUUGCAAUCUGUGUAUGUGUGUUAUCUGUAACAAGUUUGAUUUUGAAGUCAAUACGUGUCGGUGGAUUGGUUGCGAUCUGUGCUCUCAUUGGACUCAUACGGAUUGUGCUAUUCGUGACGGACAAAUUAAUAUGGGCCCAUCUGUUAAGAAUGGAGCAUGUCCAACUGAAAUGCUUUUUAGAUGCCGUGCGUGUAAUCGAACAUCUGAGCUCCUAGGAUGGGUGAAAGAUGUUUUCCAACAUUGUGCACCGGCAUGGGAGCGAGAUGCCCUGGUGAGAGAACUUGAUUUUGUCAGCAGAAUCUUCAGAGGAAGUGAAGACCCUAGAGGAAGGAAACUGUUUUGGAAAUGUGAGGAACUUAUUGAUAAUAUGAAGAGCGGACUUGCGGAAUCAACAGCCUGCAGAGUAAUUCUGAUGUUUUUCCAAGAACUUGAGGUAGACUCUCCUAAGAGCUUGGAGAAUGGGGACGGUGGAAGACUGAUAGCUCCUCAGGAGGCCUGCAACCGAAUUGCAGAAGUUGUGCAAGAGGCAAUAAGGAAGAUGGAGAUGGUGGCUGAUGAGAAGAUGAGAAUGUUCAAAAAAGCCCGCUUGGCUGUUGAGACAUGUGAUCGUGAACUGGAGGAAAAAGCCAAGGAAGUUGCGGAGAUAAAGCUAGACAGGCAAAAGAAGAAGCUACAAAUUGAUGAGUUGGAGAGAAUCGUAAGGCUUAAGCAGGCGGAGGCAGAUAUGUUCCAGCUGAAGGCGAAUGAGGCAAAACGAGAGGCCGAGAGGCUGCAGAGGAUUGCUCUUGCUAAGACUGAUAAAUCAGAGGAAGAAUAUGCCAAUAGUUACCUCAAACUUCGUUUAAGCGAAGCUGAAGCAGAGAAACAGUAUCUGUUCGAGAAGAUUAAGCUUCAAGAGAGUUCACGAGCAUCACAAAGUAGCGGCGGUGGUGACCGUGACCCUUCACAGGUAUCGGCAUAUUCCAAAAUUCACGACUUGCUCAAUAGCUACCCGAAGUCAGAAAUGCAGUCAAGUGACCGCCACCAUUUCAGGACAAAUCCUUGAGGACAUGAUUUUUCGCAUUUGUUAUAUAUUUAAUUAUGUUUCAGUUCAGGAGUGUCAGUUUGUUUCUGAAAAAUUGUUAAUGAAAUGCUAGUCGGUUUCAUUUCAUUGUCGGAUCGUCUUAACCAGCAGCUUCCCCAUUGCUAGGAAUUAGCAAGGCUGAUAUAAAGCUGUAAGUGAUUCUUUUCUUGUAUUUGUUUUUUCCGCAGUUUGUCUGCAUGAAAAUGUAUUAUAUACUUGUAGCUGUUGCUAGUUUAUAGUUGAUUGUCGUCGUGAUUUGCAGUUGCA